GCGUCAUCCGUCCUUCGGCCCGCCUUUUCCUCUUUCCUUGGUCGCCGGGGCCGCGGAGACAGACAUGGGCAAGUUCAUGAAACCCGGGAAGGUGGUGCUGGUCCUGGCCGGACGAUACUCGGGAAGAAAAGCCGUGAUCGUGAAGAAUAUUGACGAUGGCACCUCGGACCGGCCCUACAGCCACGCUCUCGUGGCCGGCAUUGACCGCUACCCCCGCAAAGUGACGGCAACCAUGGGCAAGAAGAAGGUUGCAAAGCGUUCGAAGAUGAAGUCUUUCGUCAAGGUGUACAACUACAACCACCUCAUGCCCACCAGAUACUCCGUGGACAUUCCCCUGGACAAGACUGUGGUCAACAAGGAUGUCUUCCGGGAUCCCGCACUAAAGCGCAAGGCACGGAGAGAGGCUAAAGUCAAGUUUGAGGAGAGGUACAAGACGGGCAAGAACAAGUGGUUUUUCCAGAAGCUGCGAUUCUAGGCCCUCCAUGUCCGUAAUAAACUCAUUACACCCCACA